AUGUCUUCCGCAAAGGUCAAGGCCCAGCAAAUCAUUGAUGAGAACGGCGUUGUCGUUUUCUCCAAGUCAUACUGCCCCUACUGCAAGGCCAGCAAGAACUUGCUCAACGAUCUGGGCGCGAAGUACUACGCGCUUGAGCUGGACGACAUCGAGGACGGAGACGCCCUCCAGAACGCCCUCCAGCAGAUCAGCGGCCAGCGCACCGUGCCCAACAUCUACAUUGCUCAGAAGCACAUCGGUGGAAACUCCGACCUUCAGGGUAUCAAGGGUGAACUGCCCAAGUUGCUGAAGGAUGCGGGUGCUCUGUAA